AUGGCACAAAUUUUUCCAGCAGAAGAGCUGAAGAAGGCCACCGAAAACUAUGAUGAAAGGUUAAUAAUUGGCAAUGGAGGUUAUGGUACUGUUUUCAAAGGAAUCCUUCCAAAUAAUAAGGUUGUUGCUAUAAAAAAGUCCAAAGUAGUGGAUCAGAGUCAAGUUGAGCAAUUCAUCAAUGAGGUGGUUAUUCUCUCCCAAAUCAACCAUAGGAAUGUGGUAAAACUCAUAGGUUGUUGUCUAGACACCGAAGUCCCAUUGUUGGUGUAUGAGUUUGUCAACAAUGGCACCCUUUUCCAUCAUUUGCAUGAUGAAAAUAAGGCGAGUAUUAUACCUUGGAGGAUUCGUCUUAGAAUAGCCACAGAGACAGCAAGAGCCCUAACAUAUUUACAUUCGGAUGCCUCCACAUCUAUUAUCCACAGAGAUGUCAAGAGUGCCAACAUUCUAUUGGAUGACAAUUAUACUGCCAAAGUGUCUGAUUUUGGAGCUUCAAGAUUGGUUCCAAUUGAUCAAGCUGAAUUAGCCACAUUGGUACAAGGAACUUUUGGUUACUUGGACCCAGAGUACAUGCAAACAAGUCGAUUAACACAGAAGAGUGAUGUAUAUAGUUUUGGAGUAGUGCUUGUAGAACUACUCACAGGAAAAAAAGCACUGUCCUUUCAGAGAUCAGAAGAGGAAAGAAGUCUUUCUAUGCUUUUUCUCUCUAACUUGGAAAAUAAACGCUUGUUUAAAAUUAUUGAAUUUGGUCUUUUGACUAAAGAAAAUAAGAUGGAGAUCAAGAAAUUUGCUAUACUUGCAAGCAAGUGCUUGAACCUUAAAGGUGAAGAGAGGCCUAGCAUGAAGGAAGUGGCAAUGGAGCUUGAAGGGAUAUGGUUAACAGAGAAGCACCCAUAG